AUGGCCGGAGAUCCGGCCAUUGGCCUUCUUCCUCUUCUUUGCUCGGGUGGGAAGGAAGAUGGGGGAGGUAUUGAAGGAUCGUGUGAGGGGGGUGGCUCGGGGAGUGGGGACUGGCCAGCUCUUGGUGGUACGGCUGGUGUUGCUGGUUUGGAGAAGGUGGCUGCUUUGGGAGGUUUGGGGCUGCAAGGAGAAAGCUCAGCUGGAGUGUUAAAGAAGGGAGGGGGGGUUCCUUGGUCUGCCCUUUUUUCCUCCUCGUCUUCUUCAUUGCUUGGUGAUGGUUUAAAGCUUUCUUUUGUGCAGCCUGAGGAGAUUGAUGGAGUUUUGGCUGCUAAAUGCUCGGAUUCUAUUAUCAAGGAGGGGCUUGACAAGUGGAGGAACACUCUUAUGGGGCAUUUUAUUGGUGGCAGGCCAAGUUUCACGUUUGCUCGAGACAUGUUGCUAAAGCAGUGGAAGAUUUCAGGCCAUGUUGAUGUAAAUUUACUGGAUAGUGGUUUCUUCAAAUUCCGUUUUAGUCUUGAGGAAGAUAAAAUUAAAGUUCUUGAAGGAGGUCCUUGGUAUGUGCAGAGGAGGCCUAUGAUUCGUCGUCCAUGGAGUCCGAAUGUGUGCUUGGAAAGGGUUGAUCUAUGUUCAGUCCCCGUUUGGGUAUCUCUUCCCAAUCUUCCUUUUCAUUAUUGGUCUUCUCAAGCCUUGAGUUCGAUUGGGAGUUUUGUAGGACAACCCAUUGUUACUAAUAAAAUGACAAGAUCCAUGGAAAGGCUGUCUUAUACUCGGUUAUGCGUAGAAGUUUCUGCUGAAAAGGAGCUUCCUUUAUCAGUUCCAGUUUAUGGAGAUGAUGGGUUUGCUUUUAACCAAAAGGUCGUUUAUGAUUGGAAGCCGCCUCGUUGUAAGCACUUUAAAGUGUUUGGUCAUUUUUUUGAUAAUUGCAAGUUGGGGAGUGGUGGUCAAUCUUAG